CAGAGCGGAGGGAGCAGAGUGUGAGUCCGGCUCGCAGUGAACACGGACCGGCUCGUGGAUCAGCGACAAACCGACGGAGACGGACUCUGACAGCGGCACCGACCUCACUCCUCUAACCCGGGCAGGGUGCAACGUGCCGGGGCGGAACUGUGCGCGGCGUCAGCCUCUUCCUCCGGAGCCCUGAAGCCUCACACGGCGCCUCUGUUCCGCCACCUGGCUCCAGCUCCAGCUCCGUCCUCUCUGCAUGUGUGGCUGCGUGCGCAUGAGGAGCGGACCAAGACUCGUUUGUAGCGCUGUUUACAGCUGUUAAUGUGACACACACACACACAGACUGUGGAGUGUGGAUUGAUUACACUCCCACCUCCUCCUGCACAGCUUUCCUCUGGUUCUGGAUGGAUUUUUGAAUGGUUUUCAACCCCUGGAUUAGGAUAUGGACUGAUUCACGGCUUAGACCAACAGUGGAAGUAACAACCUGCACAACUACAAACACUGAUCUGGAUUUUCUCCUGGAGGUUCCUGUUGGAGUCGUCGCCUGUGACUGAGGAACUCCGUCACCUCCCAUCAUUUUUCCCACUUGGAUUUCCAUCUGCGACUCUGAUGAAAGGAUGCCGCAGGGACCUGACGAGGGACUGAGCCCUACCUGAACUCCUCCCUUCCCCCUCUCCCCUGACCCCUGACCCUCAGAGCCCUCAGCACCACCGUCGUCCCACCAUGAACCUGCUGUGUCGUGGACGCCUGAAGCUGCUGGUGGCAUCUCUCACGGCCAUCGUCCUGCUCACCUGGCUCUACCUGCUGGCUGGAAACCUGGAGAAUGGUCGCUCCCUCCUCCUGGCCCCCUGUCUAGCCGACACCCCGGCAGCCCAUGUCCUGGAGCGAGCCGUCCUGGAGUCGCGUGUCCGAGAGGUGGAGGAAGAGAACCGGCAGAUCCGGCUGCAGCUCAGCCAAUCGCAGGGCACCGCCGUCCAGCAGCCAGAUGGUAACUACGGCAACCAGCAGUGGGGAGCGUCUGCAGACACGGGACCGGAGGACGGGGACAACACAGCGGAGGAGAAGAACAACCACACGGAGUGUCCCCGAUCACCCACCGUCCAGAAGUGUGAGCUGAUCCAUGUAGCGUGCGUUUGUGCCGGUCACAACGCCAGCAGAGACGUGGUCACGCUGGUCAAGUCCGUCCUCUUUCAUAGGAGAAAUCCUCUUCACUUUCAUUUCAUCACCGACACAGUAGCUAAUCGUAUCCUGAGUUCUCUGUUCCAGUCCUGGAUGGUCCCGUCUGUGCAAGUCAGCUUCUACGACGCAGAUGAACUCAAGUCCGAGGUGUCGUGGAUACCCAACAAGCACUACUCAGGUAUUUACGGCUUGAUGAAGCUGACGCUAACCAAAGCUUUGCCCUCUGACCUGUCGAAGGUCAUUGUCCUGGACACGGACAUCACCUUUGCCACUGACAUCGCCGAGCUCUGGGGCAUUUUUAGGAAGUUUACAGAUAAACAGGUGAUUGGUCUAGUGGAGAACCAGAGUGACUGGUACCUGGGGAACCUGUGGAAGAACCACAAACCCUGGCCCGCAUUGGGACGAGGCUUCAACACAGGCGUCAUUCUUCUCUACUUGGAGCGACUGCGGCGAAUCGGCUGGGAGCAGAUGUGGCGGCUGACGGCUGAGAGGGAGUUGAUGAGCAUGCUCAGUACAUCACUCGCCGAUCAGGACAUCUUCAAUGCCUUCAUAAAGCAGAACCCGGUCCUGGUCCACCAGUUGCCCUGUUUCUGGAACGUCCAGCUGUCUGAUCAUACUCGCUCUGAGCAGUGCUACACCGAGGUGUCUGACCUCAAGGUGAUCCACUGGAACUCUCCGAAGAAGCUCCGUGUGAAGAACAAACACGUGGAGUUCUUCAGGAACCUGUACCUGACCUUCCUGGAGUACGACGGAAACCUGCUGAGACGAGAGCUGUUCGGCUGCCCAAGUCAGGCCAGUCCAGAGAGCGCCCAGCUGCAGACAGCUCUGGAGGAGCUGGACGAGGACGAUCAGUGCUAUGAUUUCCGUCGGGAGCGACUCACUGUCCACCGUGUGCACCUCUACUUCCUGCAGUACGAGUACACGCCCACCGAGGAUGACACUGACAUCACACUGGUGGCCCAGCUCUCCAUGGACAGGCUGCAGAUGCUGGAGGCCAUCUGUAAACACUGGGAGGGCCCCAUCAGCCUGGCGCUCUACAUGUCGGACGCCGAGGCUCAACAGUUCCUGCGCUAUGCUCAAGCCUCCGAGGUCCUCAAGAACCGCAAGAACGUUGGCUACCACAUCGUCUACAAGGAGGGCCAGUUCUACCCAGUCAACCUGGUGAGGAACGUGGCCCUGAAGAACGCCAACACACCGUAUGUGUUCCUGACUGACGUGGACUUCCUGCCAAUGUACGGACUCUACGAUUACCUCAGGAAGUCUGUGGUGCAGCUGGACAUGGCUCACACGAAGAAGGCUCUGGUGGUUCCAGCGUUCGAGACGCUUCGUUACCGUCUGUCCUUCCCCAAAUCCAAAGCUGAGCUGCUCUCCAUGCUGGACAUGGGGACUCUCUACACCUUCAGGUAUCACGUGUGGCCCAAAGGUCACGCUCCUACCAACUAUGCCAAAUGGCGAACAUCCACCACACCCUAUAAGGUGGAGUGGGAGCCGGACUUUGAGCCGUACGUCGUGGUGAGACGAGACUGCCCUGAGUACGACCAGCGCUUUGUGGGCUUUGGAUGGAACAAAGUGUCCCACAUCAUGGAGCUGGAUGCACAGGAGUACGACCUGAUGGUUCUACCCAACGCUUUCAUGAUCCACAUGCCCCACGCUCCUAGCUUCGACAUCUCCAAGUUCCGCUCCAGCUCCAGCUACCGCAACUGUCUCAACACCCUGAAAGACGAGUUCCACCAGGACCUGUCCAGGAAGUACGGUGCCACCGCUCUCAAGUACCUCACCGCCCAGAGGAACAUCUAAGAACCAGGACCGCUGAGAGCCAGCAAGGUCGUCCAGGAGCUCGGACAUGUACUGAUGCAGCGCUGCAACCGCAGGCCAGACUGACACCGAGCACCAACAUGACGGUAAAGCUUUACAGCCCCUUAAAACAAACUCGGGCUCCUGUGCAUUAAUUCUCCAGUCGACUCCACCUGAGGGAGGCUGAGGAUGAAAACCUGAACAGGACAGAUUCAUAAAGACAGGACUGACUGGGCUGUGGAUACCGAUGGGACGAGCUUUACGGCCGGAAAAUAACCAUAUUCUUACAAUUUGUUCUGACAAUCAGGGCUUUUUCCAGAAGACAUGAACCAGUCUGUCCACGGGGAUUUUUUCUGGACACUAAGUCAAAGACACUAACAGAUGGGACCCGUGUCAUUAUGGGAAAAAAACAUUAAAGCAGGAGAGGACAGUGAGAGGCCGGUCGAACUGGAGAAAGAUUUAAGCCUUAUCACUUUCCAUAUUUAAUGAUGUUUUUGUUUCUUUUUUUUCCAGUGUAAAUCAAAAACCAAUGAAUAACAAACUUUGGCAUUUACAGCAUUUUGAUUAUGACUUUAAACAAGAAUCCUGUUUUGUUUUUUUGUUUUUUUUCCCUUUUCUCUAUUUUCUGACCUCAGAGACUUUUUUCUGAAAAUCCAUCACAUCCCGGUCGAAUUAUUUCAGAUUUUCUGUGGGCUUCAGGGAUGUGCUGUGAGUGAGUGUGUGUGUGUGUGAUCCAGCUGCAUCAUAUGGCGAGUCUACAACACGCUCUCUGCUUAUUGUUAAACUCAUUCUGGCUUCUGUCUUGAUCAUAUAUUUGCAUGUAAACAGUUGCACUACAUGUUAAUUUCACAUUAGAGAAUAGACAUUAUUCUGUUUUCUUCAUCCCUCUGAAAGAAGAAGCAAAAAUCUCUAAAUGAAAACAGAUAAAUCAUUAUUGAUAAUAUUGAUUGGGACCAACUGUCAGUGAGUUGUUGAUAAAGCUCUCAGCUUUGAAAUGAGACUGAUGCACUGCGACGAAGGGCAGGAGCUUUUAGUUUUUGUGCCAUUGCAUUAUAUAAUGUGUCUGAUUCACUGGAUAUAUGUAUGUGCCAUUUACUGUAACACCCCACCUACAACCCCAACCCCACCUUUGUGUUAAGUCCAACUGAAAUGACAGAAGUCAAACCUUGCUGUGGUCUAAUCUGGUCCUGAUCAUUAAGUAUAGGGUUAGGGUUGGCAGAGUCAGACUUCUAAAGAUUUCUGUCUCCAAACCUAUGAACUGGUCAGAUGUUAUAAGUGUUUGAUUGACCACUGUGUCAGCAGGGAGACGGAUAAACAACUGCAGUAACUGAAACGUACAAGCCAAGGACAGACAGUGUCUUAAAUUUAAGACCAGGUCACAACCUCAACAAUUCUCAGUGUGUGAACGACCCUAAAGGCUGAUUUAUACUUCUGUGUUGAAUCCACGUGGGCAACUACUUUCUCACUGUUUCAAGUCAAGUCACCGUCACUUUUUUAAUAACAUUAUAACUAUAAACUUGAACCAGAUGAAAGAGUUUUGUCAUCAGAUGUCUGGAUGUUCCAGUAAUCAGAAACAAGCAAAGCAAAAAGCUGCUCUCCACAUCUUGUGUCCACCCAAGAGCUUCACAGAGAAAUGAUUUUUAACAUUAAACUGUUUUAUUCAGUGUUUUUACUGAUUUUAAUUAUCAGGUCUGUUUGUUUUGGAGAGGAUGAUACCUGUGAGGAUAAUUCAGCUCCCAGUAAAAACCCCCUGAACCAUGAACACUGAAGGAAUCUGAACCUAAAAACAAGCUGAGCUAAUGUUAGCAGCAGCUCAGCUAACAGCCUGCAGCCCCUCACCAGCGCCAUGUGCCCGCCAAACAACGGUUUUUAACAUAAAACUCUUUUAUUCAUUGUUUUACUGAUAUAAGUUACUUGGUCUGUUUGUAUUAGGAAGGAGGAGACCUCUGUGGAUAAUUCGGCUCUCAAAAAAAACCCUGAACGAUUAACACUGAAGGAAUCCUAACCUAAAAAACAUGCUAAGCAUCUGAAUACAAGCUGAGCUAACGUUAGCAGCAGCUCAGCUAACAGCCCGCAGCCCCUCACUGACGUCAUGUGUCUGCAGAAGACAAUGAAAACAAUGACACCUGCGAAAUUGAUGAAAGUUACUGUUACACAUUUAUUUACUUCAACUCCAACAUGAAGAACUCAACUCAGCAGCACACAAACUACACCACCACCUAGUGUUAGGUGGUGUAACUGCAGAACAGCACAGACACCACUACACAACUGUCAAGGUUCACAACAGUGUUGAGGCUGCACAGAAGUAUAAACCAAGCUUAAAUACAUCAGAACUGAAGAUGAGAUCUGAAACAUCUUAAAAAAUCAGCAGCUUCUGACGUGUCUGCUCUGAUGUUGCUCAACAAGCCGAGCUGCCGCUCUCACACUCUGACUAUUUCAGCUACAGUUUUAUGCAAAUACAGUCUUGAUUGGCUUUAUGCAAACUACAGUAUGUACAUAUAUAUAUGUACGGCACACAGUAGCUAUGCAGAGACAAGGAGGUGCUGCCAUUCACCACAAGAAUACAAACUUGUACUUACAGAUCUGUAUCAUGUAGCAAAAGAAAAAUAUGUGAUUUCAUUUCAGUUGGACUUAAAUCUUCCUAACUCCAUUGUUUAAUUCAUUUUGUUUUUUUAUUUGACUAUUGACUACAGCGUUGUUUCUAACUGUUAGCUGAUGAUUUGAACCACUAAACAUGUGGCCGUUACAUUUAGUGUUGAUCCUAAUGAUCAUGAGUCUUUGGCCCCUGAUGAUCUGAACUUCUACUGCCCAGACUCUCUCGUCUCUCAGUUUAAAUUCAGGCUCCUCAGAGGUUGAUCACUAUGUUUCUCUGUAGCACAGGACAGAGUUUUUUAUUUUGGGGACUGAUAAAAGAAAGAUUGGGGAUGUGAGCAGAGCAGAACUCUAAAAAGUGGUUUUGUUUUUGAUUAUUCAUCUUUUUUUUUCCUUUAACAUCCUCAUCUGUAUUUCUGUUAAAUCAUCCUUUCUUUUCCUGGAUCCCUGCAUCUGGACAGGAAGCGAGUUGAAGGGCACUGGUUCAAAUCUGACGCAGAGUCAAGAGCAGGGGGUUUGAGUCUGAUGGUGAAUGUGACGGCUGCGGCUCAGACAGUUUGUUUGGUGACAGAGUGAAGUGAGUGUGAACUGUGCCACGAAGAGCCCUGCCCCCCCCCACCCCCCCCGCCACUGCCCCCGCCGCCGCAGCCCGCCCUCCACGCGGCCUCCAUUGACUUGUUGUUGAUUGUGGUAAAUGCUAGUGCCUUUGCUGUAUUGUGAAACUGGAUAUUGAUUGUACUGUUGUACUGACAGGGCCUGGGGAUAGUCAGGCGCUUUAUUUAUUAAUGUUGACUCAAAUCAAUCAUAUUUUUCUAUGUAAGUGCUUUAAAUAAAUUUGC